AUGGCCGGUAUCGGCUAUGGACCAAUGGGAAUGGCACGUAAAGGCGAGACAACAAGUAUGGAUGCUGCCGUCAUUGAUCGAGUAGUUAAAGUACCAGAUGUGGCAGCCACUGCCGCUAUGCGAAUACUUCGAGAGCAGGGCGCUUCGGGCGGUACCAGCAGCGGGGUGAACCUGCUCACAUCGAUGCACAUUGCGGCGACAGCGGUAAAACCAUCAAAAUCUCGACUUACCAUCGCGACAUUACUGGCAGAUCCAGGACAUUAUUAUGAUACGACGUACUAUAAUAGAGAAUGGAUUGCACGGAAGUUUGCACGACAUGGAGGAUUAGAGGCUUACGACUGUUGGUACACUGUGAUCGCAGAAAGCUUAGCCUCGGGCGAUGAUCCAUUAGUGAUCGGAUACGACCGAUGUCCGAAUGGCUUAUUGCCUUAG